CGAAAACAAUCAUUUUUGAAACCGUAUCCCUUGGAUCGCUCAAUCCCACGUGACACGUGACAAGCGGGGGGUAUUAUGACUAUGGUAAUAUAUGAAACCUAUUUAUAGCUUCGUGAGAUUAGAUGCUCGGAUGUGGACCCAGUGUGGGCGCAGUCGCGGGGGUGUCGUCAGCAUCAGCAUCCCUCAGCUGGAUGCAGAUCACCGGAAGGAUGCUGUGGCAGGGAGGAAGCGUGGGGAUUUUACUGUGUUGACGCCGUAUCCGAUUAUAAACAGUUCUGCAAACCAGACCACGUAUAUUAUUCCUGUUCCAUUUCACUUUAUUAUUUCGUCGUUGAGAUACUGUAACAAUAGCUGGCUGCCAUGUUCCCAUCGUGUUGCUCCAAACCCGCGGAGAGCGGCGGUAAGAGGAGCUCUAUCGCUAAGCUGCUGCUCGGCGUGUUUGUGGUUUACAUGCUCCACACCGCCUGGCUGCUUUACGGCUUCCUCAACACCAAACCCUGCGACGGAGGCAGAGGAGAGCACUGCAUCACCUCCUACCUGGCAGCAAGACCCAGACUACAGAUGAGUGUGUUCACCUGCCUCGUGCCAGACAACAGCCAGCUCAACCUCGCUGUAAGAAUAGACCCAUUUGACCCACAGUCUACAUUUGAAAGGCAGGUGAAUGUCUCUCUGCCAGAGGAGACUCGGGCUAAUGGCACUCUGUAUGCAGUGGUUUACAUUCACAAAGCUGGCGUUUCACCUCUGGAGGACAGCAGAGAAGUCCACUACGCAGCUCAGCUUACCACCUACAUCACUCCCACACACACAGAGGGGCAGAAGGUAAAAUGCAACUCAGUUUCUGUCAAAGACGUAUCAUCAUUUCAACUUUACAGUACAUUUACACAUGUAGCCUUUACUGGGACUGAGAUAUUUUUGUGGCUCCAUCAGAGGUCCAGUCCCGUGUCCCAUUGGAGGCCGCACCUGUCAGUUACUAUGAUGUCAGAGGGCUUCACCUUCAACAAGGCGGGGCUUCCCAGUGAUGUGCGGCGCUACAUGAGAGUGUCUCAGGAAGCCCGACAGAUGAUCUACCUUCCUCUGCUGCUGAUCAACGAACUCAGCUUCAGAGUCAGAGACCUCAUGGAGAUCAGCAGCAGCACUGUUCAGCUCCCUCUGACCGUGUCCUAUGAGGGAAUCUCUUUAAGGAGAUUCAGGUUUUGGGUCCAUCUACAGGAUGUGGUUUAUUCUCUACGACAGUUUGGCUUCACAGAGGAAAACAUUGAUGAAAUUAAAGAAACUCUGGUGGGAUCCAACCUCUACCUGUUAGUGCUGACUGCACUCAUCACAGCUCUGCAGCUCAUCUGUGAAUUCUUGGCUCUUAAAAAUGACAUCAGUUCAUGGAGGAAAAAGAAGAGCAUGGCGGGAAUGUCUAGAAAGUCCGUUCUGUGGCGCAGUCUCAGUACUUUGCUGAUUUUCCUCCACCUGCUAGAGGAGACCAGUCUGCUGGUGCUGCUUCCCGUCGGACUGGGAGCGUGUGUGGAGGUGUGGAAGGUGUUUAAAGUGUUUAAGAUCCAGUUCCAGUGGAAAAGCUCCAAGCUCCAUGUAAAUAAGCUGGAUGAAGAAGAGAGAAAGACAGUGGAGUAUGACACACAGGCGUCCAGAUACUUGUCCUACUUGGUCUAUCCUUUGUGUAUUAGCGGUGCUAUUUUCUCACUGGCCUACUUACGCCAAAAGAGUUACUAUUCCUGGUUGGUCAACAGCCUGGUGACUGGAGUGUAUGCCUUUGGCUUCCUGUCUAUGGCCCCACAGCUCUUUAUUAACCACAAGUUGAAGUCUGUGAGCCACCUGCAGGGGACAGUGUUGAUGUACAAAGGAGUGAACACACUGAUCUCAGAUCUGUGCUCCUGUGCCUCCUUUUUCUCCUCCUCUGGAUCCUUCUCCUCCUCUCAUCAACUUUCCUGCUUCAGAGAUGAGCUCUUGUUCAUCCUCUACCUCUACCAGCGAAGGCGUUAUGCCCCCAAGGCCAGAAGACGAGACUCUGGGACCCACAGCAAGAAAGUGAAGACUCAGUGAGGAGACGACAAGUGAAUUCUCUUCGUACAAAAACUCAUAUUUGAGAGACAGAGGGAAACAAAUGAGUCUUCAAUAUGCAAAACAGAGACCCGGACACGAUGCUCGGCCACGUGUGAUCCAAGACAACAUGUUCUGCUACUGCUGCACACUCACGGUGCUGCUGCUUUCUGCUUGGCAUUGAUGAUUCCCCCUUUCACUGCUGCAGUGAUUUACAGUAAUGAAUUCAUCUCCAGAUUCUCUCUGCUGCAUGCUACACUGGGUUAUCUUUCAGGAAUGAUAUCACCAGUCUUAAUGUACGCUUGUUUAAUUCUGCUCUAUAUGCACAGAUAUGUAGGUUACUACAGGCGUUUCCUGCUACGCUGUAAAAGGUGGAGUUUCCAAUCGCAAAUAUAGGUUGAUAACCAUUAAUCGCUACCCAUCUGCUUUAACUAGACGUGAACUUUAUGACUGGCUGUCUUAAAGCUUGAAUCAUGAAAUCACGAAGAAGUUUUAAAGUAAAAAAAAAAAAGAAGAAAACUUCAGUUCUACAUAUUUCUUGUAUAGAUUCAUACACAUUCAUUAUAUUCUGUAGGCUUGUUCCAGCGCUUCACAGAAGCUGCAGAUUCUAAUAAUGCCAUAAAAAAAACAGAAGCAUUUCACUGAAGCUUUAUGAAGCUGUACUCUCAUAUAGACUGAAAUAUUCAAACACAAGACCAGCAACAGUGCUGCUUGCACCAUUAAA